AAAGAGAAAAUAAAAAUAAAAAACAUAAAAUAGAAUAAAAAGAUAAAAUAAAAUAAAUAACAACAAAAUAGUAAGUAAAUAAAAAAAGGGGUGCAUAGGUACUUAAAUAAGAAAAGGGGGUGUUUAAACCAACUUUAGUUUUGGGCUAAAGCCCAAGUGGAAAGCGGGUGAGGAUGAAAAACAGGGGUGUGCAAACCAAUUUAAUUUUAAUGACAGACUAGGCCUAAGCCUAAGUGGAAAUGGGGUGAAAAUGUGAACAAAGUUGGUGCAUCAUAGUUUUUUUUCUUUUUAUUGAAUGAAUGGGCUUGAGCCCAAAGAGAUGGGGGUGCGAGAGUGAGAAAUAAGGGGUGCGCCUGGAAGGGAGGUUCGGUUUUUCUUUUUUAUUUUUAUUUUUAUUUUUUUUUCUUUUAAGAAUAGCCUAAAGGAUCAGGCCCAAGGCUCUUCAGCAGAAAGGUUAGGGGUUAUGUUUCCCCUACCUCAUUUCAACAUUGCACGUUCUAGAGAUUUAAGUUUCUCCUUCGAGAAACCCUACAGGUUUCACCUCCGCCAUCCACGUUUCCUCUCCCUCGACCAGCCGUCGUGACGUCGUUAAAGCUCGAUCGGAGGUGCUGCCGGCGACGCGGGUCGCCACCGCAAGGAUGUUGCCGCUUCAGCCACCACUCGAACAGCCACCGUGCCGCUGCCCCAGCCAUCGCCAGUGCCGCCGCUCAAGCCGUCGCCAGCUCCACCGUUCAACGUCGCCGCUGUCCUUGCCGGAGAUGCAUUCUCUCCAGCGCCGCCAGCGCCGUUCUCCGUUCAACCACAUUGUCGACCACUGCAUCUCCUUCCUCUCCGAAACGCGAGCUCUUCUUGACCGGGUGUGAGUUUUUCUGAUGGUGUAGGGAGUGUUGGGCUAUUGGCUUCGAUUGACGCAAUCGAAUGGUGAAAGGAACACACUGUGUGAAUCGGUGUGAGUUGGGGAAUGAAGAUGACGCACUGGUUGGGUUUAUGGAGAAUAAUGGAGAUGAAUGCAAGUUGAGGAUGAGGUUGAGGAUGAUGGUGUUAGGCGUGAAUGGAGUGGUUAUGGUGAAGACGAAGGGAAACGACGUGUAGCAAAAUUCAAGAUUGAUGGGGGUAUGUAUAUGGGCUAUAGGCGUUGAAAGAGAAUGGAGGAAUAAGAAGAGCUGAAGUAAACUUGGGUUUUGGUUUGUUGGGAAGAUGAUGUAUCUACUUAGACGUUUCUCUAGCAGGAUGGUCACAGGGGUUUUCAUGGUAUAAGCGAAGAUUGAUGAAGGAUAAUGUGGGUUUUGUAUCUGUUUGUAGGUUUGUGGUAAGGCAUGUUUUUGUUGUUAUGAAGCACGAAUGACAAAUAGUACGUGAAAGCAAAUCAUGUAUAUUGUCAAACAGAAUGGAUAGGGAAAGAUGACCAAGAUAUGCAUACAACACUCAGAAUAUUCAAUACAACCAUUCAUAAGCAUACAAAGGUAUUAUUCUAACAACUUGUAAUAUUCCACAACAAUCAUACAUAAGCGGCAGAGUAAAAAGACAUUCUAAUAGCGAUUACGAAAUAAGUUUACUCGUUUACCUCUCGGGGCCCCCCUUACUAUGAUUGUUGUGACAGGAUGAAUGUUAGGAAACUACUUGUAGUUAGGAAGAAGUCUGUAUAAAAGGGGUUGGGGUGCUGUGGGAGUAGUUAGUUUCAGAGUCUUAUUGUUGUGCGGGAACUUUUGGAGUUUUUUGGGGAGAGGUUAAGCUCUCUGAGUACCUUGUAUUCACCACUUUCUUGAUUCUUUUGCAAUAAAACGAGGCUGUACAAUUCAAAGGAAUUGUUCUGUGUUGUGUUUCGAGUGUUUUUCAUUGGUUCUUGAUUAAAAGAACCUAUCAUUUGAUCCGACCUGUCGGACUGAAAGGGGGUUGAUGGAAAUGACGAGCAACACCGAGGGAAGGUUGGAGAAUCUUGAAAUUACGGUAGAAGGGAUUAAGGCUGAAACCGUUGCGAUACGACGGGACGUGCAGUAGAUAAUGAGGGUUCUCGGGACGUAGUCGAACCACCACGACAGGCAAUUCGAUGAUAGCUCUGUUAAUAAGAAUUAGAGGCGGGGAGAGGAGGAAGACGGAGGAAGAGGGGUCGGAAAUCAACCAGAGGGGCAGAAACAGUGGCGGAAACAGGUGACGCUACCCAUCUUCGAGGGGAUCGAUCCCCUGAACUGGAUCCAUCACGCAGAGAUAUUUUUCGAACUUCGAGGAGCAGCGGAUGAGGAGAAAGUGCGACUCGCGUGCAUGAGCAUGAAGGGUAGUGGGGGUUUCUGGGUCAGAGUCUGGAAGGAGAAAGCCAAGAAUCGUUCUUGGGAUGGUUUGAAGGAAGCCAUGGUAAUAAGGUUCAAAACAAUCAAUGAGUGAUCGACGAUAUUCAAAUGGAAGCGUGCGGUGGAUGAGUUUGUACAAGACCCCAAGAUUUUGGAGGACCGAACGAAGAAGGUGGCGGAUGAGCAGCUGUUGGUAGAGAGUAGAGCAAGACCGAACGGUAUUGGAAGACCGAACGGUAUUGGAAGACCGAACGGUAUGAAUGGCUCAAAGGCCAGUCUCAGACCGAACGGUCUGGACAACAGAAACUGAAUGGUACCUUACCCAAAAUUUCUGAAAAGAUGGAGUUUACGCGUGAAGCUUCUGAUGGAAGAUGAGGAAGAUGACGUAGGCGACGGGGAAGAACAGGAGACGAAACCCAUGGAAUUGUUGGUGUGGUCGGCGGAAGGGCUGACGCCUCCCAAAACCAUUAAAUUGACAGGAUUAAUUGGGGAAAGUCGAGUGGUGGUCCUCAUCGAUAGCCACGACUUCAUUAUUCAAAAAGUGGUAGAGGAAUUGGAGCUGCUAGUGGUUGUCACACCGUCGUAUACAAUGAGCCUCGGUGAUGGACAUAAAAUGGUGAUGAGCGGACGAUGCGAGAAAAUUCGAAUACAUUUGGGAGACGCCACAAUGGAGGAAGAACUGUAUGUUUUUGAGCUUGCGGGAGUAGAUGUAAUCUUGGGAAUUGCAUGGCUAGCGAAGCUUGGGAAGGUCAUGAUUAAUUGAGGGGAAAUGUUCAUGGAAUAUAUGUUGAAGGGUAAGAAGGUAACAAUAAAGGAGGAUCCAACACUUUCCCGCCAGUUGGAGGAACCCAAGGCAUUGUUGAAGUUAGUGGAGGUUGAGUCAUGGGUACUUGUUUGGGAUUGGGGCAAAGUGGAGCAGGAGGAAUGUGGUGAGUGGAGGGGAGAUUUGACAACGAAACAGAAAGUGGAAUUAUGAUCAGUGUUGCAGACCCAUUAUCUUGGGUUUCGGGAGAGAGAAAACUUACCCCCACUUCCUAAUAUAAAGCAUGUUUACAGAAAAAAAAUUCAAGACUUGGAAAUUGGGUUUGAUAGAGAAAAAAAGAAGUAUGGCUAGAAGAUAUCUUGAGACUGGCGGUGGGAGACCCAAGAACAACUCAACAGAGGAAAACUACAUUGCGCAUGAGUCUUCGAAUAUUCACGAAGUUGAUACCCAUUGGACAUCAUGGUUGGUUCCUAUGUGGUGGUUGCUAAUACUGUUGUUUUUUGUUAUUUCCAUGGACCUCAACAAUUGUGUCAAAAAUAACUUCGGUCCCCAAUGUGGCUGCGUGGCUAAGUUCCUUGGAAGAUUCUCUUUCGAACCUAUGCAGGAGAACUGGUUCUCUUUUGAAGCUAUGCAGGAGAACUCGUUGCUUUCAUUGACUGAGAUGGGAGCCCUUGGGUGGGAAAGUGCUGGGAACGGGCAUCAAGGGUGGAGACUGGACACUUGCAUGGGGUUAUAUGCUGGAAUUAUGCAUUUGCUUGCUAGCAUGUUGAGUUUGUUUUUCAUUGGAAUUCGUUUGGAACAACCAUUUGGGUAUGGGAGGAUUGGAGUUAUAUACUGGUGACUAUCCAGGAUUAAUAUACUGGGUUCAACCUUGAGGAUAAGGUUGUUAAAGGAGAGGGGAGUAAUGUUAGGAAACUACUUGUAGUUAGGAAGAAGUCUGUAUAAAAGGGGUUGGGGUGCUUUGGGAGUAGUUAGUUUUGGAGUCUUACUGUUGUGCGGGAACUCUUGGAGUUCUUUUGGGAGAGGUUAAGCUAUUUGAGUACCUUGUAUUCACCACUUUCUUGAUUCUUUUGCAAUAAAAGGAGGCUGUACAAUUCAGAGGAAUUGUUCUGUGUUGUGUUUCGAGUGUUUUUCAUAGGUUCUUGAUUAAAAGAACCUAUCAAUGAAUGAAGCUGUUGUUGGAGGUUCAAGAGUCAAGAGCUCUCUCCCAAGCUGUGACGUUCGGUGUUGGUAGUGAGUCUCCAAUGUUCAAGCUGUGUUGGUGAGGUGUUCCUUCUUUGUUAAGGAAUCAUGGAUCUGGUAGAGGUGAAGAUGUCGUUGGGGUGGUCACGGGUGAGCUAAAGCCAAAGGGGAGAGUCAGUAGAGAGGGAAUAACGAGAGUUGCAUAGUCUGAAUGAACGAUGGAUUGUUUCUUUUUUAAUCCCCUGAUUUCU